ACGGAUCACAAACAAACCAGAAUCACAAACAAGAAUCACCAUGGUUGCCGUCGAAGAAAUCACCGAUGAAGAAUCGCCCCCUCCCCCUUCACAGGAACGACUCUGGGACGCAGAAGACAUCGAGAAAAUCGUGUCGCAAUUGACACGGCCCACGGCCAAAAUGCAGGUCGAGUCGUUGAUCAAAAAAAUUCGGAAGGAGGCAUCCGCRCUCAAAGCUCUCGAAUCCUCCGCCUCGUCGUCGUCGUCGGCAUCUUCAUCGCCUGCACCUUCUUCCAAGGCAGCAGAGCCGGUGAAACCCGCUGCCUCGCCCGCCCCGGCUGCGCCCGUUGCGAAACCUAUAAACACCGCCGCACCAAUCCACACCCCGUCGGCCACGUACAAUGCCAUCGACCGCUUUGCCUUUGACGCAGGCACCAGCAGUGACAAAUUCGUCACGCUGUACCUUCCCMUCCCRGGAGUUGGGUCGGUUCCCGACAAGAAGGAACAGAUYCGGUGCGUGUUUGGCAAGGAUUCCUUCGAUGUGACCGUGACGAAUUUAAACGGGAAGAAUUAUCGCCUCAAACGAGAAGAUUUGGAACACGACAUUGUUCCGGAAAAGUCGAAGCACAUCGUCAAGGCCGACAAGAUUGUCGUAAAACUCCAAAAAGUCAAGGGCGAAUACGGAAGUUUUGAUUACUGGAGCAAGCUGACGGAUCCCAACAAGAAAACAAAAAAGAAGCGAAACGCAGAUCCCUCGGCYGGCCUUAUGGACAUGAUGAAAGAUAUGUACGACUCUGGCGACGACAACAUUAGAAAGAUCAUCGGGGAGACCAUGAUGAAGCAACGAAACGGAGAGCUAAACAAGGACAAACCUGGUGGAUUGGGAGAMUUGGGAGGUAUUUAGAGCGGUAGAUGGGAGCUAUGCUCAAAGUAAUAAAAACAGAAAAWAAUA